AUGUAUGUGAAAUGGUUUGAUACAGUAAUGUUUUACUAUGUUAUUUUAGUGAAUUUAGUGAAUGUCACUUUUUGUCAUUUCAUAUUUCCCGCUGUUCCAUUCCCCAUAUGUCCUGACGCUCGCAGGGGACGGAACCCAGAUGACAGAUGCCGGCAUCCGCCGGAUUACAUUGCCGGGGACACUGCAGGACUGACAUCGCGGGGAGCGCAGGACAAGGUAAGAGAAGAACAGAUCCCGCAGCAGCGUCGCAUGGUAAGCCCGAGUGUAGCUCGGGGUUACCGCUUGUGCUACACUCGGGAAUACUGCCAGGGAGGUUAC